CCCAAAGGACGGACAAAUUAUAUUGAUAUUUGAUACUCCCAAGCUCUGAAUGCACAGUUGAAACAAGACACAGCUAAAUGAGGCAGCGCCAGCAGAAGGCUCCAGAUAUUGCACUGCACAACGCCUGUAAUUCCCUCGACCACGAAACGACAUGUCUCUCAUGCACACGCCCUCCUCUCUCCCUAACAAGUGUGCACCUCCAUCCACGUGUCCCCUCCCUCCUCCUUCUAUUCUUAAACACUCACCCCUCUUCCCCCUUCCACUCUCUCUCUUCACUAUCCUUCCUUCACGGUGCUCACACUGUCAUCCAGAAACCUCAGACCAUCCUUUCCAUGGCCGACACCCGCCAAGACUACUACCACUACCAACACAAGCCAAUGUAUGCAUCCGAAUCUCCUUCCGCUUCCCAGGUUCUGGCCCUCGCCGCACUCCUCCCUCUCGGCGCUUUUCUCCUCCUCCUCGCCGCCCUUACCCUAGCCGCAACUGUCUUAGGCAUCGCCGUCUCCGCCCCACUGUUUGUCAUUUUCAGCCCGGUCUUGCUCCCCGCUGCGCUACUUCUCGGACUGGCCGUCGCUGGGCUUUUGACGUCGGGCGCGUUCGGAGUCACCGCGCUUUCCUCGUUCACAUGGCUGGCCAACUAUGUCCGCCGCUCACGGCUGCCCGAGCAGCUCGAGUAUGCCAAGCAUCGGGCCCGGGAGACGAUUAGCCAAGCGGCCCAGAGUGCUAAGGAGGCUGGUGAGGCUGUGCUGAGCAAGGUACAAGAAUCGGGCCAGGAGAUGCAGACUACAGCCCAGGAGACCAAGAAUAAGACCGAGGGUGGCAAGGCCCGAGAAGAGAAGAGAUCUUCAUAAACGUAGACGUCGUUUCCAGUCGGUCCUUGUGAUUUCUUUCUCAGUGUCGGUGCACGCCGUCUUCAUUUCUGCGUUGUGUGUAGUGUGAGGUGUGUUUAAUUAGUGCCCAAAAAACAUAAAAAACUAGGGGGUGGGGUCUUGUGGCCAUUGUAUUAUCAAUAACCCCCGUUUAGUCUGCUUCUGCACCUAAAUUUCUGAGUUUCAUGGUUUAGUACUGUAUUUAUCGGUCGAUUUCAUUCGUAACUCUCACCCACGUUUGAGAUCCCCCAAGUUAA